AUGGAUUGCGAAAUAAGCCGUGUCAUUUCAUCAUUAUCAUGGUUCACUGCAUCAUCCAGUCUGGAUGCGUUCAAAAGAAGAAGCAAUAUGACGAACCACUCUCUCCUCCUGUGGCUGUUGUUAUUUCUGGACGGUGCAUCUGGAGCUGUUGAGGUGUCAGUGAUAAAAGGAGAUUCUGUCACUCUUCAAACUGGUGUUUCUGAACUGCAGAAUGAUAACAAGGUAGAUUGGACACAUGGAGAUGGCACUAUAGUAGCUGAAAUUGAAAACAAGGAAAUAAAAACAAAAGAUCCUGCUAAGCUAUUCAAAGGCAGACUGGAGAUUGACAGAAAAACUGGAUCUCUCACCAUUAUAAACAUCACAACUGAAGAUAAAGGAUUUUAUAAACUAGACAUCCGCGGUAAAGAUCUGAUCUCCAAGAAUUUCAAUGUUACUGUUCGUGAUGAUCUGGAGUCAGUGUCAGUGAUGGAGGGAGAUUCAGUCACUUUACACACCACUGUUACUCAAAAACAGAAAGAUGAUCAGAUACUGUGGAAGUUUGGAGAUCAAGAUUUAACCUUUAUCAGAUUAAAUGGCGCAGAUGCGGGACGGGAAAACUUUCACCUGAAUGAUCAGACCGGAGAUCUCAUCAUCACAAACAUCCAAAAAGAUCAGUCUGGAGUUUAUAAAGUGGAGAUUAAGACCAUCAGUCUGAUUUUACACAGGAAUUUCAAUAUUGAUGUUGGUAGUGCGAAGAGGGUGUCCGUGAAGGAGGGCGAAUCUGUCACUUUACACACUGGUGUUACUGACAAACAAAGAUAUGAUCAGAUAUUGUGGAGGUUUAAAGAUCAAGACAUUGCAGAAAUCAAUAAAGGGAAAAAUCAUGUAUUAGUACAUGACAGGAAUGAGGAGAAAAACACAAUCAGAUUUCAACUAAAUGAAAACAGCGGAUCUCUCACUAUUAGUGACUCUAAAAGCAUAGAUUCAGGAGAUUAUCAUCUAAACAUGACCAGCAGCACACACUCUAUAUGGAGGACCUUUAGUGUUAAUGUCAAAACUAUUGAAAAAAUGGACAACCAGACUCCAGGUCUUCACCCAGGUUAUAUAGCACUGAUAGUUGUUUGUGUGUUGAUAGUCCUACCUUUGGCUGCUGCUGUGAUUUACUUCUGCAACAAGGAGCAUGAAAUUAUCUAAUCAGAAAGGCCAGUAUGGUAAGAUAUGGAGCAGUUGAGUUCUGCAUGCUGCUGUACCUGGAAAAAAAAAAAGUGUUUUCUGCAUGUGUUAAAAUCUUUCAUGACCUGCCUAUCGAAAAAAAAAAUAAGUGUCUAUCUAUGACUGUAACUCUUACUAUUUUUAAAUGGCUUUCAGUGAAGAUAAACAGAAUUAACUUCAAGAACUUUAAGAUCAGAAUUAAAAAAUUAAAAAGAUACCACCCAUUAAUUACAUUAUACAAUACAUUACCCAAUAAAUACAUAAUUUAAC